AGUAUGCAUAUAUAGUACAACAUAAAAUUGUUUGCCUAGGUGUCGUCCAUUCCGCAUAGAUAGCAAGCAACGCAUGGGCAUGGAGCUGUCCGACGUCCGGAUGCAAGUUAGCCGGUGGACCUAACAAUUUGUGUGCCGGUGAGGGCUUGAUGAUCCCUUCCAAACAGCACAGUACAGUGGUGCCGUCGACGCCUUCUUCCCUCCCUCCCCGCGCUAUUUUUCUAUGAUUAUCCCAACCAAGCUCUAAUCAUACCCCCUCCACCCACAAAAUCCCAAUACAAAUACUCUCGCCCAGCAAAUAGCUAGCCAGAGGGACGGCAGGGAGGGAAGCCAAGAAAACCACGCCAACGCCAAAAGCAGCUGCCGAUACCACUGCUGCUGCUGCUGCUGCACCUGCCUGCACAACCCUCAGCCGCCCUCAGCAGGGCCGCAGGUGAGAGCGAGCGAGCGAGAGAGAGAGAAGCGGCAGCGGCUGCAGCAGCCAGCAAAGGCUGGUGCUCAUGCAGGGCGAGUACCGGUCUUCCAGCGAGGAGUCGGCGGCCGCGGCCGCGGCAGCAGCAGCAGCAGCCGCAGCCGCUGCCAUGGCUCCUCUUGCGGCCGCCGCAGCCGCCGCGGUGAAGAUGGAGGCGGAGCAGGCUGCGAUGGCGGCGGCCGGUGCGGCGGGGCCGCAGCUGGGGUCGGCGCACCAGCACCACCAGCAGCAGAUGCAGCCGCGUCGGCAGUACCGCGGCGUGCGCAUGCGGAAGUGGGGCAAGUGGGUGGCGGAGAUCCGGGAGCCGCACAAGCGCACGCGCAUCUGGCUGGGGUCCUACGCCACGGCCGUGGCGGCGGCGCGCGCCUACGACACGGCCGUGUUCUACCUUCGCGGCCGGUCGGCGCGGCUCAACUUCCCCGACGAGAUCCCCUCGCUGUCGCUGUCGGAGGGCGAGCGCGGGGACGGGGAGACCGACCCCGCCGCCGAUGGUGGCGGCGCAGGCACGCUGUCCGCGGCGUCCAUCCGGAAGAAGGCCAUCGAGGUGGGGUCCCGCGUGGACGCGCUCCAGACCGGCAUGAUGGUGCCCCCGCCGCACCACCGCGAGCGCCAGAGGCACCACCACCACCACCACCACCACCACCACCUGCCGCAGCUGCGUGUCCACGCGCACGCGGAGGAGGAGCACCACCAGCAGGAGCAGAAGCCGUCGCCGCAGCGGCCAGCGUGGAGCGGGCGCGUCAAGAACCCGGAUCUAAACCGGGCGCCGAGCCCCGAGAGCUCCGACGCCGAGUGACAAGCGAGCGAGCCAGCGACACCGCAAGGCUCAACGUCAACGACGACGUCCGUUAUCGGUUGUUCCCAUUCCCGCGACGACGCCCAGCACUACAGCAUAUGCCGCUGUCGUCCCCGUCUCCACGUACGUACGACGAUCCCAGCUGACCCGGCCGCCUGCCUACCCGUCCAUCUCCAUGUCCGUCCUCGGCGACUGGAUGGAUGGUCGCUGGGUGGGCGGCGCGGCGCGGCGAGGGUUUUCGAUACGUUGUUUGUGGAUAAGCACGAGGGGGGAGGGCAGGCACGCAGCUGGGGCGCGGGUGGGCGGCGUGGGCGGGCGGGCGGGCGGGCAGCAGGCGGAGACGGAGGAGGCGGCCGCCACAAGUGGCGGUCUUUCCAAAUGUCAAAAAGGACAGCUGUAACAGUGAUGAGAAAAACAAGUCAUCAUCCUCGUCUCUCCUCUCCUUCCCCCUCUAUCUCUUUUGCUUGUUUCCGAGUAGAUAAGCAGCAGCAGCGAUUAGUACUCCAUCCACUACUAUGAUUAUUCAAUUCGAAUCCGGCCUGCCCCCUUGCUUGACAGCGAUUAGUUUUUCUUUACUCCCCGCGCGCGCUGCCGCCUGUGCCUGUAUUCCAUCAUAAACUAAUCCCCCCUCGCCGUCCGCUUGACAUGA